AUGCCCCCAAGCCAAUUAUUCUACAUUCUGGCCUUCCCUUCUAAUGGGAUCGGUCCCUGGUUCGUCUUUCCAAUAUCUGUCUUGCGACAGGGACUUUUGAUCAAUCCAAGGAGCCUAGUCCAUCCAUACGCUUCAUCUCACACUCUACAACUGUCGACCUCUGUCUCCGCCUCUCACAGGUACAAAACUUAUCCUCUCUUCUCCUCGCCGACAAACUACCAACUCUUUUAUUUUUCAUUGACCUUCCACGGCCACCGGGACCCUGUGCCGCCGGGACUUGUAACAUACAAUGACCGGCAGCGCUCUUGCGGAAGGGGGCAACAAAUGUUCGGUGACAUCAUCGCAUUCUUAUGCCUCCUGCAGGGGGAACCGCCACCCUUGUCUUGGCAAUCAUGA